CCGUCCCCACACGCGGCGCCGGCGGCGGGAGCGGCACCGGCGGCGGUACCGGCAUGGCGGGGCUGGAGCUGGUGUCGGACGCGGGGUUCCGGGCGGACGGGCGGCGGCCUGACGAGCUGCGCAAGGUGCGGGCCCGGCUCGGGGUGCUGGCCCGGGCCGACGGCUCGGCCUAUCUGGAGCAGGGCAACACCAAAGUGCUGGCGGCCGUGUACGGCCCGCACGAGGUUCGGGGGUCCCGGGCCAAGGCCCCCCCGGACCGGGCGCUGCUCAGCGUCCGCUGCAGCUCGGCCCCGUUCGCGGGCGGCGGCGAGCGGCGCCGGCGGCCGGCGCAGGGCGGCACGGACCGGAGAUCGGGGGAGCGAGCGCUGCUGCUGCGGGGCGUGCUGGAGGGAGCCGUGCUCGGCCAGCUCUACCCGCGCUCGCAGAUCGACGUGCACGUACAGGUUCUCCAGGCCGAUGGUGGCGAGCUGGGUGCCAGUGUCAGCGCGGCAGGGCUGGCGCUCCUGGACGCCGGCGUGGCGCUGCGCGGGGCCGUGGUGGCCGGGUCGGCCGGGCUGGCCGAGCCCCCGGCCGGGCCCCCGGUGGCCCUGAGCGACCUGAGCGCGGCCGAGGAGGCGGCCGGGGGCCCCAGGCUGGCCGUGGCCACGGUGGCGGGCAGCGGGCAGCUGGCCCUGUGCCAGCUCAGCGCCCGCCUGCACCAGGAGCGGCUGCGGCCCGUGCUGGACGCUGCCCAGGCCGCCUGCCGGGGGCUGCACGCCGUGCUGGACGGCGUGGUGAGGGCCAGGCUGCGCCAGGACACCGCCAUGGAGCACUGAGCAGCACGGUGACCGCCCCGGGAUGCUGCUAUGGAACACUGAGUGACCACUGUGACCACCGUGGGAUGGUGCCAUGGAGCACUGACCAGCACGGUGACCGCCCCGGGAUGCUGCCAUGGAACACUGACCAGCAUGGUGACCGCCCCGGGAUGGUGCCAUGGGGCACUGACCAGCAUGGUGACUGCCCUGGAAUGGUGCCAUGGAGCACUGACCAGCAUGGUGACCACCCCAGGACACUGCCAUGGAGCACUGAGUGACCACAGUGACCGCCCCAGGACACCGCCAUGGAGCACUGAUGACCACAGUGACCACCGUGGGAUGGUGCCAUGGAGCACUGACCAGC